GCCACCACCCUCAUCGAGUCCAUAGCACAGUAAUCGCUUUUGCGUCUGAUUUCACGCUUGAUUCAGCGUUGUUGGGUAUUUAACUGUGUUCGUGGACGUGUUGGUCCAUCGCGAUCAAUUCGUCGCUUAUCAUUCGCAGUCAAAAAUAAUCCAAGCAUCGACAUAUACACCACAGCUAUUGGGUGACUUCAUAUAGCCUAAACCCAAAUUCCAUCUCUAGAAAAAUGAUCCUACAACUGCUGGAAGGUCUACUAGAUAGACUAACGCCCUCGAUCAUUCUAUACGGCUCCACCGCUCUACUCGUCUUAUUGGGCUCCGUCUUGACCAUUGCACUCCAAUCGAGCAAUGCAUCUACCAUUCGCAAACAGUUGAAACAUCUGCGGCUUCAAGGCCUUGACCCGUCGAUCAGUAACAUGACGGAUCAGUACGAUGCGCAGUACGCCAUCCCAGAGGACACUACCCCGGCGACAAGCCAGCCGGUCCGCAUCAAAUCCAUCUACAUCCAUCCCAUCAAAUCAUGCGGAGCGAUCGAGCUCGAUCGCGCUUUUCUCACCAAGACUGGGUUCCUGUACGAUCGCUGUUUUGCCCUUGCUACGGAAUCUGAUGCUCCCGGAUCCGAUCGCGAAUGGCGAUUCAUCAGCCAGCGCACCAAGCCAACCAUGUCUCUGAUCCAAACUCAGCUAUGGCUUCCGGAUGAAUCAAGUAACCCAGAUGAUCCCCUCGUCCAAGCAGGUGGAUGUAUGGUCGUCACUUUCCCAGACCCAGACGCCGACUCUCAUUCCUUGAGCUGGAUUGAUCGCCUCGACACCUUUCUUCACAAAGGACAAAAGAUCCACCCAACUCCAGAAAUAUCAUUCAUCGUCCCUCUCAACCCCACCCCAGCACAGGUUUCAUCCUACAACCUCACUUUCCAAACAUUUGGAAUCCACGCGCGCGCCGCCCAAGGCCUCGACAUUUCCCGAAUCCCCAGCAUCGCGACCGCGUUGCCCAAACUGAAAAGCUUCCUUCGCAUCCCACCCUCCAAGCCCCUUGCGUUGCUAAAAUGCACACCGGACACUCUGGUGCCCACUACCAGAAAUCUCGCUCCUCUGGAACAUAUCGGAUCGCGAGCUGUCCACGGCUACACGGACCAACAGCCAAUCAACAUUAACAGUUUAUCUUCCGUGCACGCCGUCUCGGCGCUUCUGCCGCGUGAAAACCAACCACUCAAUGCGCUCCGCUUUCGUGCCAAUAUUUGGGUAACCGGUGCUGCGGCGUACGAUGAGGAGGCGUGGAAGAGGUAUCGCAUUGUCCCUCGUGAUAACCAGUGUGCAGAGGACCACCCGAUAUCUCCAACUCUAUCGGUUGUGUGUCGAACCUCGCGAUGCACCAUGCCAAAUGUGAACCCGGACACCGGGGAGUUCGAUACCGACACUGCGCCUGCGGGACGGAAGCGCGGGAAGCCUCAGCCCAGCACGACGCUGGUGGCGCAUCGGACUGUCGAGACGGGGAAUGCCGCUGCGCUGGGGUAUCUGGGCAUGCAUUGCGUGCCGGAAGACGCGGGGCUGAAGGAGGCGGAGAGAAGGGGAACGGGGUUAGUUGUUAGUGUGGGUGAUGAGAUUGAGGUGUUAGAGAGGGGAGAACACAUUUUUGGGUCGACGGGGGAGGAUUAUUAGAUUACUUGCUUGGGGAGAUUAUCAUGAUAGCGGAGGGGAUUUGAAAGAAAUGAAUGCCGGUUUCCGA